CUAAUAACUCGUGAUAGAACUAAAAUAAGGAAAAUUGGAAUAAAAUUAUGGCCUAACUCUAACUUGGUACACAUACUUCGGGAGUACCCUCAUUUGUGUGUCUUUGAUAAUUUAUUUGACCUCGUGAAUAAAGCCUUAUUUUUGUACGAUAGUCUUUUUAGGCCACAAACAGCUAGCUGUACUGUUCUCUACCAAUUGUCAGUGUGGCUGUUCAAGAAAUAUUUUGAUUUGUGACUUUUCAUUUUCUGUGCCCCAUGAAUUACUACUGAAUUCCACCAUAUUUUUUUUUUUUUAAUUUCUCAAAACUAUGUUGCCACAUUUUUUCUUGAAUAUUGUUUUUUCUAUAUAUCAAGGGAAUCUUUUGCUAAAUUUUCUUAUUUUAUUUUGCUGUUUUUAUAGCAUAAAAUGAUAAAUAGUCCAAGUACAUCUGGGAAUGCUGCUCCUGAACUGCCUGGUUUUUACUUUGAUUCAGAACGGAAUCGUUACUUUCGACUUUUACCAGGAACAAACAACCACAAUCCUUUAACAAGAGACAGAAUUUCAAGAAAGAAACGUAAAUUAAUUCCACCGGAAAAAAAUACAGAAAAAUCUGCUCGAGUACGGAAUGUAACUGACUUACUCAGAAGAAAUGAAAUUGGACAGAAAAAUUAUGGUCCAUUGACAAACUAUCGUACAGAAAUAGUGAAAGCGAAAAUAAAAUGUUACGACCAGUUUGAAAUUCAUCCGCAAGACACAGAUCCUGGAGUUACCGUAAUUAUGCAUGCUGAUCACAAAUAUAAUAAACUCAUCCAAUGUUUAACUAAAAAAGGAAACUCAAUAAUAAAUGUAUCAGACUCUGUUCAACAAAAUAUUGCACAGGUAGGCUUUGCACAUUUCGAUAGUAUCAAAUUUAUGACCGAAUUUCCUCUGCCACGUACCGCUUAUACACACAUUGGAAAAUCAAUUCUGGGAUAUUGGGCCCCAGGCAUUAACAGACUACCUUACCAGGUUGUGUUGAAAGGUGCAACUCCGUUCACAUGUGCUCUUUCUCGUAAUAAUGGAUGCAAGUAUUUCGCAAGUUAUUCUAAAGGCAAUCAAGUCGUACUUGUUUCAAACGUGCCUGCGUUCUUUCGGUGCUCUUCUUCACUUCAUUCACUAGGUGGCCCUGGGUAUUCAAUCAUCAAACUUAAACGAGACGUCCUGGCUCAAAGUUUCGGAAUUCCACAAAAUAUUCAUCAUAAUGGUUUGAGAGGUGGAAGUAUUGUUUCGCUUGAUCUCAGGCGAUCUAGAAAGAACUGCGUCUUAUUUUCCAUGGAUUCAAAAUUACGUCAAAAUGUUGCUGAAAUCUUACCUUUGAAAGAUGAAAUCAGCCUGAUUGCUGCGUACAGAAACCCUGGAGAAAUCCACAAAAUAUUACUCUGGGAUAUGAGAUUCACAGCAAAACCUGUACUUGAGUAUAAAUCAAACUGUAUAGAGAACAGGUGCACAGAUGACAUUCCGUACCAUUUUGCAAUUAAUGUUGACCUUGAUGAGAUGAUUCUUACUUCAGUGUUACCAGAUUUGAGAGCAAGAUUCUGGUCAGUAAGAAGCGGAGAAAUUGUUAAAACAUAUCCAGGCCCAGAUGAUUCAGACUUAAAAAUCACUACCGCUGCUUAUAGCAAUAACUGGAAACUUCUCGGUGGGGAUUCGGCAAUAUUUUAUGCGGUACAUAAUCAAGGAUUUUGGUUUUGUCCUUUUUCUGAAGAUGUUACGAACUCUUAUCAUGGACGAAGGUAGUUUUCAUUAUAGGUAGGGCUGCCUUCGAUAUGAGCAAAAAUAAGGACAUCGGGGAAAUGUAAUAAGAUAACAAGGAACAGAAUGUAACAGACAAAAUGUAUUCAUGCCAGUGCGACCCGUAUAAUCAUACUUUGCACCAGCUGUUUCCGUUCCAUCUCACUUCUAAGUUCACUUACGCCAUGAAUGCGCCUAGCAAUCAAUGAGGUUCUAAUAUCAUUUCUAGCAAAUCAAUCAUUCAAAUUGACUAAUCUAAGUGCCUGGUAUUAGAACCUCUACAGAGGAAACCUUCAAAAUAGGGACAAAUCUUAGAAAUAAGGCCGUUUUGGCAGCCCUGAUUAUAGGUCAUAUUGGUACACUUCCAUACAUAGCACUUGUCCCACUGGUGUAAAGCUAGGAUAGGAUUGUUAUACUUAUCCCAGGGGAGAUGAAUUUGGAUAAGAUGGCUUAAUUAUAUUGCGUACCACGGCCUCUCGUCAGGUUACCUGUCCAAGUAUUGGAUUCAUUAGCCAGCAUCACGAACUUGGUGGUGGAGAAAGUCGCAAUCGACCAGCGUUUAUAAGACCACCAUACAGUGGCGAGAAGUCCAGCAAUCCUAUUCACAAUUGUAUACAUGCAAUUGUAUUGAAUUUACCUUUAAGGGCAUUCACUGUCAAUAUGAUUCAAUAAUCAGACCCUAAUACCUAUUUCAUGUACUGCUGCUUCUUUGAGCACAAUUUCAAUAAACUGUUUUCAUUAAAAGCAA